UGGUUCCACCAUCGCACGGGACUGGUACGCCGAGCUCCCGGAGGUCGUCCGAGAUUUGGUAGAUUUGGCAGGAUUCGGGCCUUUCUGCGUCGGGUUGUCACGUUGUCCUGCCAGGAGGACACUGAUGGCAGCCUUGGUAGAGAGAUGGUGGGACACCACCAACUCCUUCCAUUUCUCUGCUACCGGGGACAUGACUAUGACCCCUUUUGACUUUGCUGUAUUAACCGGCCUUGACAUCGGAGGUUGGUCCAUCCCCUACGAUGAGGAUAUGGGCGAGUGGGAGGCCGCCUGGAUGUAUCUAUUGGGGGCUCGCCCACCUGUUGACAGGGUUUCUGGGAGAUUCCGAUACACUUGGUUCUCUUCCCACUUCCGGCGGGCGGAGAUGGUGCCUGAGACUCCCGAGGAGACAGAGCAGUAUGCCCGUGGUUUCCUUAUGUUCCUCUUCGGGACUACCCUGUUUGCCGACAGAGGGAACACAGUUGGGUUAUAUCUACUGAGCGCUCUGGUCGACCUAUCACAGGUCAGUAGAUAUGAUUGGGGUGGCGCCGGCCUGGCUACCCUUUACUUUUAUAUGAGCGCGACCUCCCGCGGGCGGGGCGAUUUACUUGGCGGCUACUGGAGAGCCUGGGAGCUAUGGGUCUAUGUAUACUUCCCAUCAUUAGCCCCAGAGCUGGAGGUGGCAAGGAUUCUCAUGACCCCAUAUUCAUUGGUGUUCGAGGGCCCGCACCGGCCGAGACCUCGAGAGACCCUCCUUAACCUGCGACAGUACUUCGACACUGUGCGACAUUCAGAGAUUACAUGGCAGCCCUGGGUGUCCCUGGGUGAUGGUCUCCGACUUCAGUAUACCGGAGCGUCGGACAUCUCCCAGUAUAGGGUCCUGCUUGAAGGGCCGGUUGGCAGGGCAUGGUUCCUGGGGGAACGCUUUCUGCGCCAGGUAUGGGGGUAUCUUUCUCAGGAUCCUCCCGCAGUACCCCCAGCCAGUAUGCGUACCGCUGACAGGCUCUCUUACUCGGAGGUAGUCGGCACCAUGUUGGGCAGUGAUG